CCUGUCUCCAGGUGACUCCACACCAAGAAGAAUGAGCGGUAGCCCCUGGAGGGCAUCAGAUGGAGGACACCAGCACCAAUGCAGUGGUGGAGGACGCUGCCAGUGAUCCUGAGGAUGCUGCUGUUGUCAAGGGCAUACCUGGUUCCUUUUCCAGAGAUGCUAAUGAAACGAGUUUUGAGGGAGUCAUCUUCUCUUCCUCACCAAUUUUAGACCUGAGUCAAAGAGGCCUGUGCCAUUUGGGAGAGUUCUUUAAAAUUCCCAACCUUCAACAAUUACACCUGCAGAGGAAUUCGCUCAGUGGGAUUCCAAGGGAUUUCUUCCAGCUGCUGCCCAACCUGACAUGGCUGGACCUCCGUUACAACAAGAUCAGGUCUCUUCCUUCUGGGAUCGGCUCUCACAGACAUUUGAAAACUUUGCUUUUAGAAAGAAAUCCUAUCAAAAUGUUACCCGUUGAGCUAGGGCAGGUCACCACACUGAAGGCACUGAACCUGAGACACUGUCCUCUGGAAUUCCCUCCUCACCUGAUCGUGCAGAAAGGCUUGGUAGCCAUCCUGACCUUCCUACGGAUCUGCUCGGUGGAAAAUGCCUUCCCUGGAGAUGAGUCACCUCAGGAAGUCUCGGUGGUUAACAUGAACCUCAGUGACCUUCCAUACCCUGUGCUGGCUCAAUCCCGGAAAGGCACAUCUAAUGAGAAAGGCCUGAAUGUCCCAAGCCAUAAGGCAGCUGUGGUGAAGGAGAAGGCUGACUUCUUCCCACCCAUGGACAGGCUAGACCUGAGUGAGCACUGCAGAUCCAGCGCCUCCUCCGAGAACUGGCCCAGUGAGGAGGAGAUCAAGCGCUUCUGGAAGCUGAGGCAGGAGAUUGUAGAGAAUGAGAAGGUGGAUGUAUUGGAGAAGAAGCUCUUGGCUGUUGAGCUACCUCCAAAUCUCAGGGCAGCACUAAAUGCCAAGGAGAAAAGGCACCGGAAGCCAGGCCCCGCAGGCAGAAAGAAGUCCACCUCCUUCAAAGGCAUCUUGCCCAGCCUCCCUUCAAUGUACCAAACCACAGCUCAUACAAACAGGGACGACAGUCAUAUGGCUGCUCUCAGGGAACUCCAAGAAAAGGAAACAAUGCUGGAGCAGCGGAGGAGAGACAAGAGAGCUCUGCAGGAGUGGAGAGAGCAGACCCAGCUGAUGAGGAGCAGGAGGGAGGCCAAUAAAUUCCAGCCUCCACAUAAGAACAUGAUGGCAUCAAAGAUUCCCUUUGCCACCGACCUGAUAGACCACGAGAAAACGGCAGUGAAUCCAUUCGGGAAAGUGAAGUACAGCAGAGAGAGGAUGGCACAGAGAAGUGCAGAAAUGAGUGCUUCGCCAUUAGCAGAGCUGGAAGAGAAGAUAAGGCGGCAUACACAGCAGAUCCGUGCUAGAAACUUCCUGGGUACCAACCCAUUGCAAGACAUGAAGAUGGCCAACCAGGAUUUGGAAACUGCCAAGAAACUUCAGGAAGAAUUAAGGAAACUGAAACUGGAGAUGACCUUGAACAAAGAACAUCCAUUUGCAACUUUCCCUGGAAACCUUUCGCUUCACCCACCAGCAUCACAGCCUCAAAAUAUAUUUUUUAACACAAAAUACUAGGAAAGUGGUGUCAGCAGGGAUAACAAGUACCUCCCACAGUGAGGAGCUGCUACCCCUGUGUGGUGUGGUGAUUGGCAGGAGGGCGACUAGUGGGUCUUCAGCUGCUCCUCAGGUUGCAGCUUUGGAUAGGCCUGACUCUCUUCUGAGGCUGUAGGUUCAACUGCAUUAAAAGAAAGAAUGCUGUAAGCAAGCCUAA